CAUGAGUAAGAAAUUACGUACUAUUAAUGCAUUUAUAUAAAAAAACCUCUUGCGUUAAAAUGCUAUCACGUGUGCUGUGGACUGUGGAGACAAAUUCUAUGGCUAUUGUGUUUACUUCUAUGGUUGCUAAGGCAACGUUGAAACCCAAACAUUAUUAUUGUUAUUACUUUUAGCCAUUCCAUUAAUUUGUGUAUAGUAUAUACUGGUACUACAUCAUGAUAUCUACAUAUUUGCUUAAAAUUAUACUGUAAUAUGAAACUAUUUCGGUAAUUGUAAGAAAAUACAUUUUUUGCGAACAAAUUUAUAAUGGUUCAGUUUGAGUUAAAGAAAAUGUUGGCCGUUUCGGCGGAUGAUAUGAACGAGCAAGAAUUAGAUCAACUGUAUGAUGAAAUCACAAUGGUUGAAAGUGAUCAGCUAAAUUUCGAUUUAGAUCAACUCCAAAGUGAAAACAUGUUUAAAAUGUUCAAAAGAAUAUUAUUGUACAAAGGAGAACAAGUAGAUUCUUUAAUGACUGAAAUCGAAGAACUGGCGACUAAACAAGGAGAAGAAGAAGCGAGAAUAAUUAAAGAUGGGGGAAUGAAUAUUGUUAGCGCGAGCAAUCAAAGUCAAAAUAAACAAACUGAGUUUAUUCAAAAAGAAUUAAACAAAUUAGAAAUGGAAAAUCAACGUUUAAUGGCUGAUGUACAAAUGCAUAAAACAGAAAUCGACUGCAAAGUCAAGGAAAUCGAUAAGUUAUCAGCACAGUUGUCAAAAACUGAGCGCGAAAAGGAUUCACUCCGAAGAGAAUUGGAUGCCGUACAGGAUGAUUUUAUAAAUCGGCCAUCCGACGACCAAAUGACAGAAGGCCACUUAACAAUGGCAGAAAGAUUUAGAGACUUAACUGAAUUGGUUAGACAAAAAAAUCAACACAUCACGCAACUGCUGAACGACAUCGAAGUAUCAGAAAAGGAGAAUAAAAUGAUAAAACAAAUGUUAGCGUCCACGAGGGAUGAACUCCGAAACGCUACGGUGCAUAUAAAUACAUUAAGUUCUGAAUACGGGAACAUUAAAUGCUUGCAAGAUGAAUACAUAGAUCGGAUACUGACUCUAGAGCUAAACGAUAAGGGCCUUCGCAGUCAAAUUGCUGAGCUAGUAGCAGAAAAAGAAAAGUGUGAAGAACAAAUUGAAGAACUAGGCGAUAAAUUAGAAUCCCGAAUCAAACAACUUACUGAGUUGCUGUCCAAAAAAGAUGAAGAAAACGUAAAUUUAAAAUCUCGUUUGGGACCAUCGGGUACACUGGAAAGUCAUAACGAAUACUUGGCAAAACUUCAAGAAACUGUAGCUAGACAAGAAGAUCAAUUAGCGGAGUUUCAAAAACAAAUUCGUCAAGCCACUAACGACUUGAACCGAAGUUCUGCUGCGCUCGAGCACCAAAAGAAACUAUACAACGAGUUGUUAAACAAAAGCAACGAAACCCCUGAGGUGAUUGACUUGCGGCAAAGAUUGCACGAAACCAAAAAGCAGUUAGAAUUGACUACAGACAAAGCGAAAAUAGCAGAAGAAGACGCUACCAGGAAAGCAGAGCAGAUUAGUAAAUUAAUAAUUCAAGUUCGCGAUUUCGAAUCGGGAGUUUUUGGAUUAGAAGAAGCGUUGGAAGAAAACAGAAAAUUAAAAAGAGAUCUAGAAAUAAGAGAUAAUCAAAUAGAAGAGUUAAUUGAUUCCAGUAAUAGAUUGCAUCAAGAAGCAGACCUCUUAGAACAAGACAAUCUGGCAAUGAGAGAAAAAUUAGGAUUGUCCGUCGACGAAGUUGUAAGGCCCAAAGGCAUGAUAGCAAGACACAAAGAAGCACAAACUAAGAUGGCCAUGUUGCAAAAAGAACUAGACGAAUGCAAAGAAACCAUUGUUAAUCUCAAAUUAAAAAAUCGUAGUUUAAACAAGUCUACAGAAUCUGUUAGAAAUAUUCCCCCGGACGGAGAAGGCGUUCAAACACAAAAUGAGAUUUAUAAACACGAGUCUGAUUUAGGAUCCGAAUUAGAAGAUAACGUAAAAGAAUUGAUUGAUGAAAACGAAUCACUCAGGAAGGGAAUGCAUGAAAUACUCGACAGUGUACACAACCAAGAUGGAGCAAGUUUUAUUAGGAUCGAGUGUGAAAGCUUGGAAAGACUUUUGCAAGCUAUGGAUGCUAGACACGUCGCUGGGUGGUAUCAACCCGGAAUGCGACUUUUGGCUAGAAUUCAUCAUUUAGAUGGUGUAAACUCAAAUUUAAGACAUCAACUUCAUUCACUACACGACGCCUUAACUGAAACUCAGAAAGAAUUGCAAAGCGUACAAAACAGCCUACCAACGGCUAAAACCAUCGAAGACAGUAAAGAAAAUGAUAUUACAGAUACAAAUAAUCUGAAUAAGUUACAAAAAGAACAAGAGAAAUCAGCUCAACUAGAAGAUGAGGUAAAAUUGUUCCAAAACAAGUUUCAGCAACUACGAGAUGAAAUGAAAACUUUAAAUUAUGAGUAUGACGUAGAAAAAGAUAAAAUGCGGUCCGUAGUAGAGAAAUUAGAGUUAGAGCUGCAUAAAGCUCGCGAUGAAGAAAAAUCAUUAAAAGAACGGUAUUUCGAACUUGAAAAAUCUUGGAAAGCCUUAAUUGACGAACCCGAUCAGAUCAAGCGACAGCUUUCAUACAAUGUCAUAAGAGUGGCUGCGUUAACCGAAGAACUUCAUGUCACUAAACGUAUGUACGAAUGUUGUCUUGAUUCAGAACAAAUCCAGAAAAAAGACAAACAGAAAGCGUUUGAAGAUAUGUGUGCAAUUAAGACAGCGUAUAGUAAAGAAAUAGAACUAUUAUUAAAAAUCCAAGAAGAAAAAAAUAGCGAGGUGAACAAAAUGAAUGAACAAAUGAACAAUAGUGUACACAUUCACAUGUAUCAAUCAUUACAGCAAGAACUUGAAAUUUUAACUAUAAAACACAGAAAAACAUUACAUUUAGCAUUAUUUAAAGAGGAUACGUACAAAUUGCUGACUGAACGAUUAAUGGCGGAAGUUGUGUUCUUGAAAGAUCAGCGACAAAACGGUGUGAUUACAGCUUCAAAAUUAAACGGUUUAGAUAACGAUCUGGCUAUGUUAAAAGCGGAAAACGUUUCUUGCGUACAACGAGCAGAGCACGCUGAAAAAAUGUAUUCCUUAAUAAAAGAUCAAAUGGGAGAAAUGGAAGCCAGAUGUAAAAGUCUCGAGCAAAAUCUUUGCGACAUGAUCGAUGCCAACUUAAAAUGUCAAACAGAAGAAGUACGUUUGCGCGAGACAACUGUGAAUAUGGUCGAAGAAUCCGAGUAUGACAAAAUAGCUGAACAAUAUAAAACUGCUCUUAAUAAUCUAAAUCAAUCAAUAGAAGAAAGAAACCGGUUACUUAGAAUAUUAGACAUCACCCAGAGCCAAGUGCAAGAUCUAGAACACCAUCACAAACGAUUGGAUCACAAUCAUGAUGUUAUGCAAAGACGGAUUAUUGAAUUGCAAGCUUUAAGUGAAGAAAAAUCAACAAUUGACAGAUUAAUGCGGGAAAUCGCAAGCCACGAAGAUAAACAAAUAGCUUCGGCUAUAGAAGAAAACCGAUUAAAGGCGUUAGUACAAGAUCAGCAAACAAUAAUAGCCAAUUUGGAAUGUAAAAAUGAUGACAUUUUAGAAAAAUAUAAUUCGAUUACCGAACGCUACAAAACCAAAAUAAUGAGAUUGGAAAAAAUUGUAGUCGAUUUGCAAAACCGUUAUUGCGGUGCAGUACCAUUAGUGUCCGAACAAAUUUGGGUAACGCACAAACAAAAACUUGAAGAAGCAUUAAUGAUCACGUAUCGGAAAUGGCUUGAUGAUGAUGAUAAAGAAAAGACCAUCGCUGACGAUAUAGUUUUCGUACCGAUUCAAACAUCUGAUGAUUAUCGUUUAGAAUUUACUCAGCUGCAGUUAAAGGAAUUAAACGUACAGAUGACUUGUGACGAUUUGCGAAAAAAAAUGCAGCUUUGCACGGAACGAAUCGAAAAACAAGACUGUUUCAUCAAAAGUCUUGAGAAAGAGAUAUUGAGAAUGGAUACCAAAUACAUGCAUAAUUUUUUAUUAUGGGGAUCUAAAGACCACGAAUUCAUGGAUGCCACAGAAAGGCCAAAGAAAUUAGACAAACAAAUCAGCGCUCAGACGGAAAACGAUUUUGAAACUUUAGAGAACAAAAUCGAAGACUUGAGUAGGCAGUUAAUAACAGCAAACAACACAAUUCGAGCGGAAAAAGAACGCAGUAAUUUAGCAAUUGAAAAACUGCAAGCAUCAAUGAAUGAUCUAGAAAUUUGCAAGAAUCUAUUAGAAAAUGAACUGGUUGAAAAAGACGACCAUAUAAGAAGACUAAACAUCGCCUUGGCAUCAAACGAACCGUCAGACAACAACACACAAAAUCCUGCACUGUUGGCUACAAUAGAAAGUUUAGAAACGAUUAUUAGCCAAAAAGAGGAAACCAUAAAUAGGCUUCAAGAACUUCUAAAGGAAUGCCGAGAAGAACACGCGAAAGAAAUAACGGAAUUACAGAAGAAAACAGAAUCUCUGAAUUUAAACACUAAAAAAUCGCAGGAAGAUGUGGUUUCACCCAUUCGCUCUACCAACAUUAGGCCUGUUGUCAAUCAAUACAUGUUAAAAAUAGCCGACUUAGAAGAUAGGCUUAAACAAGCCGAAGACGAACUGAAUCAAGCGAAUUCAGAAAAAGAACAUUGGAGUGGUGUGGCUGAAAGAAGGCUGAAAGAAAUGGAACAAAUGAAGACCGAGGACGAAUCCAAAGAGAAAGAUGCAGAGAUAACAAGACUUAACGAAAUUAUAAUGGGGCUACAAGCCAAGAGAGAUACUUUACCAGCUCAGAGAGAUAGAUUAAGAAUGGAAGUGGAUAAAAUGAAAAAAAAACAAGAAGAUUCCGAAAGGCGUGAAAAGGAAGACAAAGCGGAAAUACAAAAGUUAAGACAGCAGAUAAUUUACAGACCACCUGCCAGUGGAAAACGAGACGAAACUAUGACUGUUGUGAAAGAAGAAGUCUUGUGCAAAAAAAUAAAAACUUUGGAAUCAGAAUUGGACGAAUACAAAAAAAGAGAAGAACAAAAUAAGCUUCUCAAAAAAAUGAAAUCCGACGAACUAGUCGGCAAAUGGGAGAUGAAUAAACGUCGUCAAGCAACCAUCGAAAAACUUCAAACUCAGUUGCUUGAAGUUACCAGAGAGUGUGAAUCUCUACGGUCGUAUAACCAAAGACUGAGAGAGAAUUUGGCACGAAUGGAAAAAGACCGGAACGGUUUAGAAUUAAAAUUGAAAUCUGCCAACUCCGCUGUACAAUCGAGCGCGUUAGCAAACAGUCUUAUCGAGGAAUUAACUUUAGAGAAGGACAGACUAGCUAAUGAAUUGUAUACUCUUCGUAGUGCCAAAGAAUUGACAUCAGGCGGUACGUCACUAGCCGAGGUGGUCGUUGAGCUCAGGCGCAAGAUAUCUGCUUUGGAAUUACUACAAAAGGGUGGAAGUAGUGCUUUGAUAAAAGAAAUAGAAAAUUUAAAGGAUAAAAAAUGUAGACUGGAAAAAACAAAAUCUGCACUCGAAGAAGAAAAUAUUAGAUUAAAGAAGACCGUCGACCGAUUACAGUCCGCAGAUAAUAUGAGUGGAGUGUCCAGUUUGAGUUCAGAAUCAGACCUUGGUAACGACAGAAAACGCACGGCAAAACUAGAGCGGUUAGUGAUUAUGCUGAGAACUGCCGUCGACAAGUUGAAGGAAGAAAACAAAAACUUAUCUCUCGAACGAGUCGUUACUAACAUUGAUGAUAAGGUCGGUCAGAGUUACGUUGAAAAAUUACAAAAAGAACUGCAAUCCAUUCAAAGCUAUUACUUGGACUCGAGCGAAAAGUGUUCUCAUUUAGAACAACAGUUAUGUGAUUUUAGGUCGCAGUAUCAAGCGGUGUUGGCUGAAAACGAGAACUUAAAAAAUCAAUUAGAAAAAAAAUGCUAUCUAUUGAGCAAAACUAAAACCAUGUUAGAAAAAGCAGCGGCAAGAGAACAGCUUAUAAUGGAGCCUGAUCGUCAAAAACCAAUUUCCAGCACUCAUUUUAUUGAUUAGGCACCUAUUUUUCUCCCACUCCUAUAAUAUAAUUUUUCUAUUUUCUUUUUUUUUUAUAACUGUUAAGUAUCAAAUUCCAGUCUACUCAUGUGUUCAAAGAUGAUAAUAGUCUUAUAUAUUUUCAAAAUAUGUUAUUUUUAUAUUCUACACUAUACCUAAGCCCUUUAAAUAAAAAUAUGUUUAAACCUGACAUAAAUCUAAAUUUUUAGCAAUAACCCCGCUCCAAUUACAAUCCUCUCAAAUGACAAUUUACUGUUACAACGAUUUGGUAACCCAUUUUUUCCCUCGUUUAAUAAAACUUAAGCAAGGGAAGAAUAGGAUUAUUGCAUGGAUUUCCGAUAUGAACCAUCACCGUUACGGACUUGUUGAUGUUAUACUGGCUAAUUUUUACACUUGUCAUUGAUGA